AAAAGUCAGUUUGAAGUGAGUUUGUACGCUUUUACGGUUUUUCUUGCAUUCAAGCGAAGCUGCGAACAAUACUUUUGUUCAGAUUACGAGAGGGAAACUCAAUGAAAUGUCACUCUCCCAAGAUAUCGUAUCAAUAAGAUAUCACUACGGUAUAUAACAGCGAUACCACUGUACUAAACCAUUGUAAACUAACAAUCAGUAACAAUGAAGAUCUUCGUGACCCUCCUCGCUGUGCUCGCCCUGGCAUACUCGGCGCCUCAGCCAAGACGACUCUUCCACGAGCAUUAUGAAGACUUCCUUGACGUCAUCCAAACGGAAUCCGCACCGGCUCUGGAUGAACUUGCCGUAAAGUAUCUAGAAUUUGAAGAGUUUCAAGCGGGUCUCGGAUACCUUGUGUCUACCCGAUUCAGGAACUUGAUUUACGAAAUGGAGAACUUGCCUGAGUUCCAAGCGGUUGUCGAGUUCCUGGAAAGCCACAACAUUGACAUCCUGUACUUCAUUAAUGAAGUCAACGAUGCUGUUGACAGCAUUCAAGGUGGCAGGAGAAUGGCCCGUCAAUCAGUGAGCGGUCGUGACGUAUCUUCCUUCAUCCAGGACUCUAUCAAAGUGUUCCCCAAGGACAAACUCUCAGCCUUGUACGACGAGAAAGUAGCCAACUUCGAAGACUUCAGAACAGCCAUGGAGAAUUUCCAAAGCGAGGAAUGGGACCAGAUUUAUGAAGCUCUUUGGCAGAACGAAGUGUUCCUUACUGAAGUCCAGGAACUUGGAGCCAAUGGAAUCGACCUUAAAAUAGUAAUCAGUGAACUCAGGGCUGUCUUGGGAACAACAAUGAAGAUCUUCGUGACCUUCCUCGCUGUGCUCGCCCUGGGAUACUCGGCGCCUCAGCCAAGGCAACUCUUCCACGAGCAUUAUGAAGAGUUCAUUGACCUCAUCCAAGAGGAAGCCCUUGACGAAUUGUAUGAACUAGGCGCGCAGUAUCUUCAGUAUGACGAGUUUCAAGCCGGUAUCGAUUACAUCAUGUCACCCAGAUUCGGGAACUUGGUCUACGAAAUGGAGGAUAUACCCGAGUUCCGGGCGAUGGUCGAGUUCCUGGAGAGCCACAACAUCGACAUCCUGUACUUCAUAAAUGAAAUCAACGAGGCUGUUGACAGCAUCAAAGGCAGCAAAAGAAUGGCACGUCAAUCAGCGAGCGGUCGUGACAUGUCUUCCUUCAUCCAGGACUCCAUCAAACUGUUCCCUAAGGAGAAACUCAUAGCCCUGUACGACGAGAAAAUGGCCACCUCCGAUGACUUCAGAAAUGCCAUGGAGAAUUUCCAAAGCGAGGAAUUUGACCAGAUUUGGGAAGCUCUCUGGCAGAACGAAGUGUUCCUCACUGAAGUCCAGGAACUUGGCGCCAAUGGAAUCGACGUUAAAAUAGUAAUCAAAGAAUUCAGGGCUAUCUUGGGAAUUUUCGAUUAAUUCAUACAAGAAAAACCAAAGGCCAGAAAAUGUCCAAAGAC